AUGGAAGCAAGGAUUGCACAAGCCGAAGCUCGUCUAACAAGAUCGACAUCCCAAGCUACGGGAGUGGAGCCAGGCCCGAGCUUAGUACAACAGAAAAGAACUUUGAAGAGAAAACAUCCAGAUGAAGAUAUUCAAGAAGAAGAAAGUGAGGAAGAAGACGACAUGCUGUUGAUCACAGGUGGAAACAUCGACGGAGAGGAGAUCCAACCGGAAGUCCUGAACGGAAGAGGCUCGUCUGAUACGGAACGGGAUGGUUCGUGGAGGCCACCCCCUACACCAAAAAACAAGGGUAAAGGUCGGAGAACGCAGUCCUCUUCAGAAGACGAUCUCGACGGGGAAGACAUUUCAUCUCUAGGAAGGCUAGACGCUACCCAGUGUGGAGCGAGAAUGGUGGGAAGAGCUGCCCCAGCUACAAAUUGGGAGAGGCAUGUUCACUCUCAGAGAGGUGAAGCCUACAAAUUAACAACGCACGAUGAGCAUAUAAACGAAAGUCGUUAUACGGGAAAUCAAAGGCAGAUACUUACAAGUGCCAUUUCCUUUCUUGAAAUAGCGGAGGGUGACAGAGCGAUCAUCAUGCAGUCGCAAAUCGAGGAACUAUACUCGAGUAACAACGCGGUCGAUAGAGCCGAAGGAGCGAGAAUCCUCGCAGAAUUCAUGCAGAUGUUUGCACCAAGCGUACCUACUCUCUUGGAAAGAGGGCAAAGUCGUAACGCAUCAGCGGGCCCAAGUCGGCUACUGACGGCGAGAAGAGUGUCACCGUUACCCAACCACCAACAAAGCCGACAGCCCUCGCACCGACAGCUUGCAGCUGCAGGGCCGCAGCCUCCACCUCUCCCUCCACAACAACCCCUUCCUGCUCUUGAUCAACAACGUCGCCAAGAUCCCAUAACAGGCCAGAUCGGACAUCAGGUUUUAUCAGGAACAGACCUUGGCGAAAGAGGAUACCCAGCGCGGGAAGAGACGAACCGCUUCACUAGAACCGUGACAAGACAAGAAACCGUGCCACACCACCAACGGCGUAAUCCUCGAGACGAUUCUUCCCUAGACUCUUCACCCUCAGGUAGAGGUAGAUCACCAUCUCCACGCCAACAAUCCCCUCGGCGAAGAUCCCCUAAACCAAGGGGAAGAUCCCAAAGAAGAAAGGGAGGAUCCUCGUCGCCCAGGAACAAGGAAGAGCUCGAAGACCCUCAGCGGUCCCGCUCGCCCACUAGACUCCGCGACAAAAGACAACUUCGUCGAAGCCCACCAGCACCACGCAGGUUGAUCAAAGAGGAGUCAUUAGACGAAUCGUCUAUUGGUGGAGACAGAAGAAGAAUGGUACAAGCUCCGAUAAUACCAAUUCAAACACCUAGAAUAGAAGCAGAACCACCAACUUCGGGAGGAGUGAAUUCAGAGGAAGAAGAAGGUUUAGCAAAGGCCCUUCUCGAGUCAGGGAAGGGUAGAAUGGUACUCUCAAACGGAGAUGUGAUAGAGAACGGACGACGGAUCUUGUGCGACGAGUCAGUACAGAUGUUGAAAGGACUCACCCAGUUAUCACCAAUGCUGCAAGUUUACCUUUGA